UUGUGAGGCAUCCAUGGCAGAGCAGAGAGAAUUGGGAGGCGUUAGGACGGAGAAGCAGAAGAUUAGAGGAGAUCAUUUAUGUGCACUCGGGGGCUCCCCAAUGGGCUUCUCUGAUUGGGCUCUUGGCGAUCUCAGGCUAGACUAGUCCCUGAUGAGAUGCGUCUUCCCGAGAUUCACACAAUCAGAUCACUGAAUCCGACGAGCGGGCUGUCGGUGUUCGGGAGAUCCCGAGUACAUCCUGGUUUCUGGGCGUAGUCCCCAGAGACCGGAAAGACACAGGCUCGCUUGCCACGCUCGGACUUGCUGUCAUUGAAAAAAAUGUGUCGUCCCUUCUCGGAGAUCGCAUGUCAUGAGUUUCGGGCGGCCGUGUGACGAGAACAUCCAUGACUGUUCCCAAUUCUCAUGAGAAGUCCAGGUCAAGCAAAGCUUAUCGAGGUGUGACUAAACUCGUGAUGAGAAGGAACGCAGCGGAAUGCACGCCUAGUGCGAUAUGUCGGUAAGAAAAUCCUUGCCCAAGUUCCAAUUGAACAAUUGCCACCUAUGUCAC